AUGGAGGCUCGUGGCCGGGAGGCCCGGAAAGCUGCCAAUGACACCACAUUGGCAAGCGUUGCCUCGAACCUCGAGCCUAUUGGACGGAUUCAAAUGAGGACUCGACGGACGCUUCGAGGACAUUUAGCUAAGAUUUAUGCUAUGCAUUGGGCUUCGGAUAGCAGAAACCUAGUAUCUGCCUCCCAGGAUGGUAAACUCAUUGUUUGGGAUUCAUACACAACAAACAAGGUAAGGCUGAUCAGUGAUAUUCUUGCUGUUAUCCCACUUGAGUGA